AUGGAUCAGCCCGGAUUUUGGAAUGAAUUUUCGAAAUUGAACCUAGUUUUUGAGCACAUCAAGCUCACUGGACCUGGCAUCGACGCGGCAGGUGACCAUGGCAAGGGCGUGGUUGCGGAAGCGUUCCACUACCUCAGGACGCUAUGGCAUCCUAAUGUGUGCUGCUACACGGACAUGCUGAGGACGGCCGAGGGCACGCACAUCCUGGUGUCUGAAGGCUACUCGCUGACUUUGGACGACGUCAUAAGGAGCUACGCUCAAAGCAGCAAUGCAUUCGUCAGCGAAGAGGUUACGAGUGGUCUUAAGUUCGACGCUAUUGCGCAUCAAAUCAUUUGCGGACUACAGUACCUCCAUGCACAUGGCAUCGAACACGGGGCGCUUGGGCCGCACAACAUAUACAUCCACAGUGACGGCACGGCAAAGAUCGGGUGUUAUGCGUCGCACUAUCUACACAGGGUGGCGUCAACGUCUAACGUCAAAGCAAACCGCGGGAAUGCUGGUACUAGCGGCACCGCCGUUCGUGGAGGGGCUACGGUGGUUAAGCGGUCCACCGAUAACACUGCAGACAUUAGCGGCUUGGAUUCUUACGGGUCUAUGAGAUGCUACAGCUCUCCAGAAUUGUUGACAGGCGCCUGCCGCCCAACUGCCUGGAUGGAAGCAGUUAAAAACGAUAUUUGGGCCCUGGGCAUGACAUGCUUACAGAUUAUUGGCGUGAUCAUAGCCCAAGAAGCCGCAGUCACGUCGCGUAAAGACAGUUCUGCUGUCGAGCCCCAAAUCAGUGCGGUCAGGACGUAUGAAGAAAUGGUCAAAAUAUCUCACUGCACUCACACGCCAUCGUUGCAGGACGAUGCAUUUAGAGUCUCGGGCUCACUCAUACGUUUGGCAAAUGAACGUCUGGUUGGAGUUGGUGAUCUAUCAGCCGUAGGGAUCAACAUUGUUGGGACCUGCGCGGAAACGCGUACCUCAGAUGACGGCGAUCACACCCAGCAAUCAGGAGAGGAUUUACUCGACCAACUGGUGCAAAAAAUGCUUGACGACGCAGCCGCAACGCCCGUUGUAGUCCACUUUGACCUAACCGAUGAGGCCAAAAGUGGCGUGGGUCGGCAAAGAACGAUCGAAUCCAACACCACGGAGACGGAGUCGCAGGACACGCAGGAUUCCGCUGAAGUGGGCGAUGACUCUUCACGACGCAAAACCAUCGUCGGCGUCGUCCGAGAAAUAUUGAAUUGGUACACAGGCAAAUCUGUGGUCGAAGACCUCUUGGAUUUCGUUGGCAUUGAUCUCAGAAAAGGGCGAACCGAUCCAACUCGGGAAAACAAUGCCACCGUUCAGCAGGUCUAUACCAUUUUCCACAUUGCUACCCAGUGCCUCAUAAUCGACCCGAUAAAGCGGCCAACUGUGAUGGAUAUGUUGAUCUUCCAGCAACCCAAGGCACGUGGUGGCAGGAUAUACCGAGACAGUCGAGAGGACACCUUCGGUUGGAGCCUGAUAUCCGCCCAGCGCGGCGGCGCCAAGUACAGCUUGGGACUGCGCAUACCAAUCAACGAGUUCCUGAAUCGCAGCUACAGGAAGAGGUACCUUAACAUCAGGGAGCUGGACAAGCUGGAGCUGCACAUUGACGAUCUGUUCUACCUGUGGAGGUUGAUGGGUAACGACCCGCUCGACCUGGUAGAGGACGCGCAAUAUUCGAACAAGGAUAAGGGUGCUACAUACUCGAGGCAAAACGUGCCCCUGCAUGAACUUAUGAAAAUAUGUGCCAAGGCCGACCUUUUCCCCAUCAUCAUAGAACACCAAAUCAGGCCAACAUGUGCAUACGCAAGGCAGUUCUCAUUCCUGUACCAAUGGAUACGGCUACGGAGAUUCGAUAAGCUGCUACAUAACGGGCUGGAAAGUAAAUACCAGAUAUCGACUGAGGCGCAACUCGAUAUACCGCCUAUGCGCCGCAAGCACAUUUGGUGCGUGCUUUUAGGGCUUGACGCUCCGUUCGGGCUGCCGAUGUCAGACGUGGAAAUGGACGAACCGGUGCAGGAGAGUGUCGCUGUAGAGAUCACAAAGGCGUUGAAGAGAUUUGACAACGACAUCUUGCAUUCGAGGAGGUGCGUCGAACUCAUGGCGAAGGUUGGGUGCGCAAUCCAGCAGGACCACGGCCUCGAAUCGCUGCCUAGCUCUCUGUACGUCACUUUCGGCCCUUUGGUUGUGCAGUACUACGAGUUCAGCGAACUCUUCAUGGACGCAGCCAUGAACAUUUUCGACAAGUACCUAAAAAGCUACUACGUGCCCUCCGGGUCAUUCGUGCAGAACGACCUGGAGGAAUUCAAUACGAUGCUAAACUUCUUCGACCCCGAGGUGGCGGCGCACCUGCAGCGGGUAGGAGCCUUUGCCGACUCCUUCGCCCUGCUGUGGUUCAUGAGCCUCUUCGCGGAAACGGCGUCGCUUCAGCAGCUGAAUGUGCUGUGGGACACUAUGCUCAACUUCCCGCGCAACUACGUCAAGUACCUCGCUGUGGGAGUGCUGCACAGCGCCAGAGAUGGCAUUCUGCAGACCACAACCGCGCCGAACGCCAUAUCGUACAUCUCCAGCCUCAUCGAGGCGGUCAACGCCCCGAUGCUCAACUCCAUGUGCAUCAUCCUGUACACCAUCUGGGACCACAUCCUCUUCCCCAAGGAGUCGGCUCGGGCCAAGGGCAUACCAAGGUUCGACAGCAUCCCAGAAAAGUCCAACGCGUUGGAUGUCGGGUUCGUUGCGACGGAAGCUGGAGUCGAUGGGAUUGUCGACGUCGAACGCGCCAUGUUCACCUUCAGAGCCGACGUGUACCCGCGGCAGCGGUGCUUCAAGCUGGCGCUGAAGCAGUUCGCCGAGGUCUUCGACGGCUGCCUCGUCGUCGACCUUCGCUCAGCGGACGCUUACAAGCUCGGACACAUACCGAACUCGUGUCAUAUCGCAAGGCUCCUCGCCUGCCUCGAAAAACGUGACGAGGCGGUGCUGAAGUCGCUGGUCAGAGACCUCGUCAGCAGCAACCCCGAUAAUGCAUCGGGAUUAGAUCCGAACAGCAUACGUCGCAAGCACCAGCUCGGCAAAAAUUGCGAGACGCUUCUCGGCCUUGGCGACAAGGCCUGGUCGCAGGAAGGGCUGAAGGAGGCGUGCAUACUGCUGGCUGCGGGGGAUGGCUCCGAUUUGGACAAGGAACAAGACGCUUUGCAGCGCCUGAUAUUCGAGUUCCACGUGGCGCAUGUAUGCUACUAUCGCAUAAACGCGGACGACUGGCCCAAGCUAUUCACCCUCUCGCAGAUAUAG